AUGAGGUGUCACUGCCUUAUACAGUUUGGUCAUCAACCGGUGCCUGUCUCCAUGCAAUACUGUUUGCCUUGGUGGAAGACUCUGACAAGUGCAGCAUUUUGCAACACUCCCCAACACUUCAACACAAUCCCCACCAAUCAUGAUUUUUCGUUCAAAUCUUCCUCCUCCUCCUUUUCUUUUUGUUUUUCUUCAUCUUUUUAUUCUUCUUCUUCCCUUCUAUUUAUUAAUUCUCUCUCCUUUCUCUUUUCUUUCUCUUUCUCUCCUCAUCCUCUUUUUCUGUUUUCUUUCUCAUUUUUGUUUUCUUUCUCCUUUUUUAUAGUUUUCUUCUUUUUAUUUAUUAAUUUAUUCACAUUUGAUUUGAUUCCACACCUUUUCUCCACGUUCUUCUUCUUCUUCUUCUUUUUCUAUUCCUCUCCUCUUCAUUUUUCCUCUCCCCAUCUUCUUCCUUCACCCUUUUCCUUCUUUGUUCUCCUUCUUUUCUUCCUUCUUUGUUUCCUUCUACUUUUGUACUUCCUUUCUUUUCUUCUCCUAUUCAUCCUCUUUUCUUUUCCUCUUUUACUUUCCUGUUCUUCGUCCUUUCCCCUCUUUUUCCUUUCCUCUUCUUUUCUUCUCAUCUUUCUCCUUUCUUUUCCUCACCUUUUUCUUUCCUCUCCUCUUCUUCCUCCUUUCAUUUCCUCGUAUUUUCCUUUCCUCUCUUCCUUUCUUUUCACUUUUCUUUCCUUUCCUCUCCGCUUCUUCCUCCCUUUUUUUACUAUUCUUUUCCUUUUCUCUUCUCCACCCUUUCCUCUCCUUUUCCUUUCCUUUGCUCUUCUCUCCUUCCUUCUUUCUUUACCUCGUCUUUUCCUUUUCUAUUCUUUUCUUCUUCUCUUCUUCCUCAUUUCUUUUCCUCUCCUUUUCUUCCUCAUUUCUUUUCAUCUUCUUCCUCUUUUUUCUCUUCCUUCCUCUCCUCUUCUUUCUCCUUUCCGCUCGUCUUCCUUACCCUCUCCGCUUCUUCCUCCUUUCUUUUUCCUAUUCUCUUCCUUUCCUUUCCUCUUUUCCGUUAUUUCCUCUCUUUUUCCUUUCCUUUGCUCUUCUCUCCUUCCUUCUUUCUUUACUUCGACUUUUCUUUUUCUCUUUUCUUCUUCUCUUCUUCUUCAUUUCUUUUCCUCUUCUUUUCCUUUCCUCUCUUCUUCUUCAUUUCUUUUCCUCUUCUCUCGUCUUCUUCCUCCUUUCUUCUCUUCUUUCUUUCCUUUCUUCUUCCUCCUCCUUUCCACUCGUCUUCCUUACCCUCUCCGCUUCUUCUUCCUUUCUUUUCCUCUUUCUUUCCUUUCCUUUCCUUUCUUCCUUCUUCCCUUCCCUUUUCUUCUCCUUUUGAUAUUUUCUUCUCCUUUUCUUUUUCCUUUUUUCUUUUAUUCCUUUCCUUUUUCUCUGUCUUUCCUCUCCUUUUUCCUUUCCUUUCCUUCUCUCCUUUCUUUACCUUUAUUUGAACUUUUCUCCUUUUCCUUUUUUUUCUUCCUUUCUUUCCUUUUCCUUUCCUUUUCUUCCUUUUCUUUUCCUUCUUUUUCUUCUUCCUUUCUUUCCUCUUUUCUUCUUCCUUUCUUUUCUCCUUUUCUUUUUUCCUUUCUUUCCUCCUCCUUUUCUUCUUCCUUUCUUUUCCUCUCCUUUUCUUCUUCCUUUCUUUUCCUCUCCUUUUCUUCUUCCUUUCUUUUCCUCUUCCUUUCUUUUCCUCUCGUCUUCUUUCUCCUUUCUCCUCUUCUUCCCCAUUUCUUUUCCCCUCCUCUCAUCUUUACAUCCUCCUUUUUCGACUGCUAUAUAUUCUUCUGCUUUCUAUUUUCCCUUUUUAUGUUCUCUUCCUCGGUUACUUAUUUUACUUACCCUUUCUUUUUUUUUUUUUCACUUCUUCUCUGCUCUCUCCCUUCUUCCUCCUCCUUUCCCUCUUGA